AGACCACUCUUUCUUGCAGAAUCACACCAAGGGCAUCUACUGGCUAAUCUUCAAUGUGUUCCAGAUAAGAAAUAAAAAUAGUUUUGUCAGGAAAAUUUUGAACUUGUGGGCUUGAUGGCAAUAAGCGCUUCUAGUUCGUGCAACAUUGGAUUGAGUCCGUAUUUGUGUCCAAGCGCCAGUUCUAGAAAAUCUCUGUGCCUCCGUCAUGGUGCUCAGUUGGGCUCAUCUUACUCGGCUGAUGAGUUUCCGAGACACUCACUCCGCAUCUCGGCGAAUUCAACGCAGAAAGCUCGAUUCGUUGCUCGGCGUAAGGAGUCCAUCUCGGUUCGACAGCUUCAACGCCCUCUAAUUGAGUAUAUGAGCUUGCCCGCGAGUCAGUAUUCGGUGUUGGAUGCGGAGCGGAUUGAGAGGGUGGAUGAGAACACGUUUAGGUGUUAUGUGUAUAGGAUUAAGUUCUUUGCGUUCGAGGUUUGCCCUGUCUUGCUUGUCAGAGUGGAAGAGCAGCCCAAUGGGUGUUGCAUUAGGCUCUUGUCAUGCAAGCUGGAGGGUUCGCCGAUGGUUGCUGCACAGAAUGACAAAUUUGACGCUUCUAUGGUGAACCACAUAUCAUGUGAGAGCAACAAAAACAACUUAUUGGCGCAACAACUGACCUCAGAUACUGUCAUUGAGGUUAGCAUUGAGAUUCCUUUUGCAUUUCGUGCAAUUCCAGUGCAAGCAAUUGAAUCAACUGGUACACAAGUCCUUGAACAAAUACUAAGGAUUAUGCUUCCCCGGUUUAUGGCACAGCUCGUGAAGGACUAUCAAGCAUGGGCUUCUGGGGAUACUUCAAGGCAGGCUCUUGGGACAGGUGAGAUUUGAGAUUAUGGACAACAGCACAUGCCACAGCACUGGCUUUCUUCAUGACUCGUUUAUAUUGUAAAUCAUUUUCACUGUUCCCUAGAUUAUAUUCAUUCUGUAAACUUUAUUUAAGAAAUGAUUUACCCAACUUGUUCGCUGUAGUCUUUGUGGUACUGUUUCAUCUUGUUGGUGACAUUUCUACGGGCUUAGUUCUCAUGCUA